AUGACACCAUCGCAGGAUGAAGGGUCGUGUUUGUAUCGUGGGCUGCGCUUCGGUGGUUCACUAAAAGCCAAUGUAACAAAACCGAAGCCUUUUAGCUUUGAACAAAAAGAUCGCCUUCUGCUCCUGUCGCGCAAACGUCGCGAGCAGGAGGCUGAAGAAGAGGCGCGUCGCAUGGCUAAUUCUUUUCGCGCUCAACCGAUGCCUAUUGGUGUACCGGAUCGUCUGCCCCCACCUCCCGUCGCCCGCGUAACCACCCCAUUGUCUCCUAUUCUCGAGACCCGUGUGCGAGCUCUCAGACGAGCGUCCUUCGAGUCCCGUUUAGAGGCCAAAAGAGCAUCUCUUGAACGCAGAGUCGCCCUCUUUAAACAGGAGCAGGAUGCCGAGGACGCGAAGCGAUUGAAGGAGGAACGGCGAAUGACCGUGCACAAAGCUGAGCCCAUACGAACUUACAAACCAGUAGCAGCGGUACCUUCGAAACCAGUUACUCAGUCCCAGUCCUUCCAUUUCGCAACUGAAGAGCGGUUAACGCAGGAUGAAAUCAUGCACGUACCACCACAGGGAAGGCGGAGGGAUCCGUCCGCUCCAGAACCAGGAUUGAGUGUCGAUCAGCUUUCUGGUCACCUCGGUUGUCUAGCCCUUAUCAUCGGCUUCUCAGGUAUGGACGAAUACGAUUCGCUUAGUUCCAGCGAUAGCGAAAUAGAAAUGGAUGAGGGUGAGUUAGAAGACUACCAGUGUUUUGUUUGUGAUAACGUGACUCACAGCACUACUGAGUUUUUCGAUCACCUUUCCAACAAUCACGACUGGAAUUUGAAGAAAGAGCCAAAUCUCUUUGCCGAUCAGUACACGUGGAUAUGUUUUGUCAAUUGGGCUCGUUUGAAGAAGUCUCAACAGUGGCGUGACUUUCUUUCAAUCAGCAAGGAUGAUCGCCUGGCAUUUCUCAAACCUGUUAUUGAUGGUGAUGCUGUCCUAAUGAUUGAUGUGGAAUCAUUCUUCGGCGGUUCUGAAGUCUUAUCCGAUGACGAAAAGACUCCCGAACAACUUCGAGAGGAAAAUGAAAAUCUCCUUUUUCAGCUGACGAAGUGCAAACAAAUGAUUGCUGAACUUGUCAGCGGACCAGCCAACGACCGCUCUGGGUCAUUUUUCGGUAGUGCACCUCCAGUUCCCUCCGGAGAUAUGCCUCCUUCGCCGUCGAUGUUUUCCUCAGGAGUUCUUCCGACGCAGUACUUGCUUGAUCGCACAACGCUAAGUGCUUUUCGCCAAUUCAUGCUACACAAUAGUCGGGACUGUUUCGCCGGCAAAACCGUCGUCAAUCUCUGUCAAGAUGGCGGAAUCCUCUCCGUCUUUGCUGCUCAUGCUGGAGCCAGUCGCGUGCUAGCCAUUGAGUCGUCCCGCCGAUUCUCUGAGGUUGUGAAAUCCAUGUCAAAAGCUAACGGUUUCGAGAGCACUGUUGAAGUCCUCGAAAGCCUCUCCAAUGUGCCGUUGGCGAGGGUUGACGUCGUGUUGUGGAAUUGGCUAAGCGACUGCCUCCUCGAAACUGAUGAGUCACAGAUAUUUUCGUUGAUCCGAUCCCGAGUCGGUCGGAUUUACCCGCGCCAAGCAACACUCAACCUCGUUGGAGCGUGCAUCUCCUCGGAAAUUAAAGACGCCUUCAUCCCGCCCUCCACCUCCUCAGUGGGCUUCGACACGUCGCCUCUCGUAGAUGCGGCUUAUAACAAUGUCUACUCAAUCUGUUUAAGUAGUUAUGGCGAGUUUGUGCAAAUUUUGUCUGAGAAACCAACGGUGCUUGUGUCGUUGGACAUGCUGCAAAAUCCAACCUUUCUCUUCGACGUUCCUGACUUCUCAAUACUACUCGAUUCCAAGAAGUCGUCGCCUCUAGAGGUGAACGCGCUGGUCCUCUACUUGGACUGCGAAAUGGACUGCGAUGCGCCUUUUAGUGUUUGCUUUUCAACAUCACCGCAGGCUAAUGCCACUCGUUUCAACCAAUCAGUUAUCUUCCUCAAGAGACCAAUCAGCGUCUCAUCUGGUAGGCGAUCAAAUUCGUGGCUCGCUUACUCGACCCGCCUCAAGCACACUCUUGCUGACGCUUCGACACAACGCCUCGCAAGAGCCCAUCGCUGCGACUCUUUUCCUGCCGGGAAAAACGCAUUUGUACAGCCAAACUACAUGAAUAAAAGCUCAGCCAAUGAAAUAAGCCGUGUUUUGGGUUCAAUUUGGUGUCUUAUUGAUAUAAACGAAAUCCUCGCCGACGACUUCAACCACAAAACAUGGGUUAACAAGGCGGUGGCGAAGCUAAAAUCCAGCGAGAAUCCCGAUGCUGCGUUGUCUUCGCUGAUUCUCAACGUACAAAGCAUGCUUGAUGCUGCAAACCAGGAGGUCAAAAAUAUCUUCCACGAAGUCGCACAAGCAACUCCGCGAUUCCUCCGUGAUGUGGAAUCGGUGAAUCAGCAGGCUAUCCUGCUAAAGGAUCACAUGGAUUGCGUAGAAAAUGACUUCCGCAAGAUGCAUAUUGACGACAGCGGGGUUGUGAAGGAGCUGGAAGAACUCGACCGCCAACGCACCCGAGUCAAGAGGGCCGCAGACGCUCUGCGCGAAGCCAACCGGUGGUCCACACUGGUGAACUCCAGACAGGACCUCAUGGAAGGCGAAGGAAACGUCGAACAGCUUUACCAACUCAUCCUUGACAUGGAACAGAGCCUGGCGUACAUGGAGCACAUGCCAGACUACGAGGCCAGGAAGGCUCUCUUGAGUUCCACGAAAGACCGGCUAGAGGCACUGAUUGCUCCCCGGGUCAUGGAACUCCUCGACGCCCUUCCACACGCCUCCGAUGCGCAAGCAACGUCCAGCCUUCUCCACCUCUUUUCCAUCUUCAAUGCUAUUGGUCGAUCGGCUGUUGGCGUUCGGUACUAUGUAACCUGGUUGGCGAAUCAUAUUGUAGAAAGUUGGGAGAAGACGCGUGGACUGGCCGUCAGCCAAUCAGGACAUUCCCUUCAACAAUCCUUCGAUGCCACAACCGACCGAAUUCUCGCCUUCUACCGGGAAACAUUUGCCUUCCUCAGAAAUCAGCUCAGCCUCCAACUCUUCGAAGGGGAGUCCUGCGCGCCCCUCUUAAACGGUCUCAUCAACUCCCUCGAACGGAUCACUCCCAGCCUCACUGACUCGGUCUUUUCGAGCGCCGAUCCAGACACAAAUCUGCGCCGGUGCGGUGAACUGUUGCAGGCAACAGAGGAAAUGACGGGUCGGCUAUGCGCCCUCCUUUGCCCAACCGGUGCGCCGAGUGAGCUCUGUGUGGCCGUGGUUCGCCAGCUCUGCAGGCCACUCUCUGCAAUCAGUGAGUUUUUCAGGCUCCACGCUCAGUACCUCCUCACUGAAGCCUUGGAAGGCCUCAAGAAGCCGUUCACCGACGACCAGGCUCUCUUGAAAGACCUCAACGUCUUCUCGGAUCGCGUCUUCACAGUUCUGCACAGCCUCCUCCAACUCGCGGUUUCGCAGACCCGUGGAAUCGCCUUGUCGAGUCUACUCGAAGUUGCACAGGAAUUGGUGGUCGCAUUCUCAUCGGAGUUGACGAGCGCCUUCGAGAAGACCGUCGUCUACGUCGUGCGAGAGGACGUCGCGUCUGGCUACUCCCAGGCCUCAGGGCUCAGUUCAGUCCUUCUCCUCGUGGCCGCGACAGGCUGCACCAUGCUCAAGAUGAAGAAGUUUGUGGAGGAAUUCGACGCAGCCUUGGAGAGCGUCUUUGCUCCCUCGAAUCUGACGCACGCAGGCGGUGCUUGCAACAACUCCGAGUGUCCAUUCAGCACUCCCCGCCUUGUGGCCCACAUCGGUGAGGCCCAACCAAGCACCCACUGGGGCACCCUGUACCCCCUCAUGCCAGCCUCUGAUUGGCUCAAACCCCCAACCUCGCAGACCACGCCUGCUCCCAGUGUGCUGCUUGUAAACCGCCUCCUUAGCGUCUGCAAGGCCGCGGUUGACAUGGCAACACGCGUUGCCAUGGCUCCCGUGCACGACCUGUUAGCGAAGGUGCCGAAACUCCGGGUGUGGCCCUCCUAUCCGGCCAGCGGGGAGGCUCGUCUACCGGAUUUGGCGUACCUGCCGCAGGAGUAUAUUACUCAGCUUGGCCAGUACAUAUUCAACCUGCCGGAACAACUUCUGCCCUUUAUGGACCCGGGCGAAGGUAGCGCGGACCAGAGCGACGGUCUGGUUGGGUGCCUGCGUUGUAGUGACUUCAACGUGGACGUAGAUCAUGGCCAGGUGAAGUCUCCGACAGAGCGCACACGCCUGACGUCGUUGUCGUCGCCGCUGCCUCCAACAUCGCCUCCAGUCGUGAGUAGGAAGGCGGAGAAUUCCGCCAUGAUCACGGCCUGGCUUGAUUGGCUGCUCUCGGGACAAGUGUCGGAGGCCUUCGUGAAGGCCAUUUUUGAAAUUCCCUCGCCCAUUCCAACCAAUGGGAAGCCGAUACCGGGACUUACGGAACACGGGGCAAAGCAACUUGCAACUGAUCUUGGCUACUUCCUUGGUUUGUUGGAGGAGUUGGGCCUGCCCACACCACAGGACCUCGCCUGCCUGCGCGACCUCGUUUCAGCGUCCACCUCGGAAUUCCAGCACGUGAGUCAAGGCAAACCGCAUCGACUGGUCGGGGCAGUUAUCAACCUUCGAAUGCUGUUCUUUCCCGAUGACCUUGACAGCGCAAAAUCAGGCGGCAUGUUUGUGAUCGGCAGGUCUUUUGGAUUGGCAACAAGUGCCGAUGCGUUUUCGCUUGGUGUGCGGCGUUUCGUUCCGCUAAUUCGUGGGAAAUUUGCUGCGUACAGGGAGAUCUUGGGCACCCAGUCGAACACCGAGACUGACUCGAGUUGA